AUGGCUUUUCCAUUACGUAGCUCAUCCUUUUUGUUGCCUCUUCUGAUAGUGAUCACAUUCACUACAGCACCCUCAUCAGGGAACCCAGAUUUGAAGGUGAGCAAUAGCACGAUUAAAGCUGUUUGUUCUAAGACCCUCAACCCUCCCUUCUGUUUGGAUCUUCUACAUUUCUACGCCGAUCAUCCCCACGAGAGAAGCCUCAAAGACCUUGCCCGGAUCACCAUUUGCUUGGCGCAUUCCAAUGCCACGGCAACUCGUGACCUUCUCCACAGACUGAUCCAACACACCGAUAAUCCUCGGCUGAAGGAACGCUACACCUCAUGUUCCAAAAACUAUGUUGACUCUGUCGGUGACAUGGAGCAAGCCAAAAAGAGCUUGAAAUCCAGUAACAAGAAUGGUCUAAGAGAUGCUGUGGCGGGUGCCAUGGGAGAAGUUAAUGCUUGUGGAGAAAGCUUCGGGCAACCCCCAGCUGAUCCAUCCACACUCCCUAAAAGCAACCAGAAACUGUUACAUCUUUGUAGUAUCAUUUUGGUCAUGUCCAAAUUUCUGCUCUGA